GACUUUACCGAAAAAACCUAAGAGUUACCAAAAGAACCAAGAAUAUAGUUGUUGUUUAAACUCCUAAGUCAACUUCCGGUGGCGAACGGAAACGGCGGUCGCCUCGGCAACCACCGUGCCGCGUGGUCGCCUAGGCAACCACCGGGCCACGUGGUAACGCGAGCGGCGCAUUCUGCGGCCUAGCGGGCGACAUCGCUGACUUUGGCCGCCCGCGUCCUCACGACGUCUUUUAAAACGUUACCCGUCUCGUAAUUCAGUGGACGUCGCCCUCCUCCUCCCCUCGCCACCGCCACCAUGUAUCAAGUGAAGGAAGGGGAGUUCACGGCGACGAUUUACACAAUGAUCAAAGAUGGUCGCUAUGGAGAAGCGAUCGAGAUCCUCAACAAUGAGCUGCAGAAACAGCCCAAGUCCCGACCGGCACUCUCCUUGCUGGCAUACUGCUCAUUCCAGAUGCAGGACUUUGCUGUUGCUGCUGAAUGCUACGAGUCAUUGGCGCAGCAGGCUGGGCUUGGCGACGAGGGCGCCGAAUAUCGGCUGCGUCAUGCGCAGUCUCUGUACCGUGCCAGUGCCUAUGCUGAGGCUCUCAAGGCCACACUCGCUAUGGAGGGCCCUGCUUAUCAAGCCAAGGUCCUGAAAUUGCAAGCCGCGAUUAAAUAUGGGGAAGAUGACCUGACUGGCGCCAAGAGCCUGGUGGAACAGUGUGCUGCAGAUGAUCCAGACACAGAGAACAAUCUGGGCUGCCUGUUAUAUAAGGAGGGCCACUUUGACGAAGCGUGCUUGCGUUUCACCACUGCCAUGCAGCUUGCGCCCUACCGACCCGAUCUAUCCUACAACCUGGCGCUCUGCUACUACAGCAUGAAGCAGUACGCCCCUGCCCUCAAGCAUAUUGCUGAUAUUAUUGAGAAGGGCAUUCGCACGCAUCCUGAGCUGAGUGUGGGAAUGACUACAGAGGGCAUCGAAGUGCGCAGUGUGGGCAACACGCAGGUUCUGCAUGAGACAGCCCUGGUUGAGGCGUUCAACCUCAAGGCAGCCAUCGAAUAUCAACUGAAAAACUUUGAGGCUGCGCAGGAAGCACUGACAGACAUGCCCCCACGAUCAGAAGAGGAGUUGGAUCCGGUGACUCUGCAUAACCAGGCACUCAUGAACAUGGAUACCCGGCCCAGUGAGGGCUUUGAAAAAUUGCAGUUCUUGCUGCAGCAGGAGACCUUCCCUCCGGAGACAUUUGGCAACCUUCUGUUGCUGUACUGUAAGCAUGAGUAUUACGACCUUGCUGCAGAUGUUCUGGCAGAAAACGCUCAUCUCACAUACAAAAUGCUUACACCGUACCUAUAUCAAUUCUUGGACGCCAUGAUAACAUGUCAGACUGCACCUGAGGAGGCAUUCCACAAGUUUGACGAAAUGGCAUCCAAGUUGACAGAACAGCUCCGCAAGCUCACCAAGCAGCAGGUCCAGGAUGCCCGGGCAAACCGUGAUGACGACGGCGUGAAAAAAGCCGUCAACGACUAUGACGAAGUGCUGGAGAGGUUCGUGCCGGUACUGAUGGCGCAGGCCCGCAUCUAUUGGGAGCGUGAGAGCUAUGCGGCGGUGGAGCGGCUUUUCCGCAAAUCGGUGGAAUUCUGCAGCGAGCACGAUGUGUGGAAGCUGAACGUGGCACAUGUGCUCUUCAUGCAGGAGGGCAAGUACAAGGAGGCCACCGGAUUCUAUGAGCCCAUUGUCAAGAAAAACUACGGAAAUAUUCUAGGCGUCAGUGCCAUUGUACUGGCAAAUCUCUGCGUUUCCUACAUCAUGACAUCUCAGAACGAGGAGGCAGAGGAGCUCAUGAGGAAGAUAGAGAAGGAGGAGGAACAACUUGCAUAUGAUGACCCUGACAAGAAGACCUAUCAUCUUUGCAUCGUCAACCUCGUCAUAGGAACUCUGUAUUGUGCAAAAGGAAAUUACGAAUUUGGAAUUUCCAGAGUGCUCAAAAGCCUGGAGCCAUACCAGAAAAAGCUGGGCACGGACACGUGGUUCUACGUGAAGCGCUGCUUCCUGUCCAUGCUGGAGAACAUGGCCAAGCACAUGCUCUUGCUACGCGACGGUGUUCUGCAGGACUGCGUCGCUGCCCUGCAGCAGUGCGAGUUGUAUGGCCGCAACAUCCCAGCCAUGGUGGAGCAGCCCCUGGCGGAAGAGCGAGCGCAUGGCGGGAGGAACACCGUGACCUACGAAGCGCGGCUGCUACAUGCAUUGAUGCUGCGCGUUACGGGCUGGAGGCAGUGAUACGUACACUCGGCGCACACAGGCGCCUUGCGCAGCAGAGGUGCUCCCACAUACAAAACAAUCUAUCUGUGUUGUAUUCGGCACGUCAGCCGAUAUGCGCACGCAACAAUACGCUCACGCUCACUCACAGUAGCCUAAGGCACCAUGAUUACAAAGCCGAGUCCAUGCUGAAAUCGUGCCUCGAUGGCAACGUAAUGUACCUUGCCUUUAUUACAUCUGUACGAAUACAUACUCAUGCCCACUCCAUAUAUCAGACAGUUGUGUAAUCAAGUACAUAUGCGUACGCUUACUUCAUUUUCAUAAAAAAAACAAAUUUCACUCGAGACACUUGACAAUGUUUACUGCACUCAUACACACGACUCCCAAUGCUUGUUAUACUUUUAUUGCCUCUUAAUCAUGUACAUGUACAGCCCUUUGUGUCAAUCCACCGCCGGGUUUUGGCGGUUGAUUUUUUGCGUAUGGUUGAACUUCUUUCGCCACCGUAUGUUGGGCCUCGGCAAGGUAAGGUAAAUUACCCUUUUUACCGGGUAAAAGGGUGAAGGGUAAAGGUGUGUUGACAUGCCAAGGGGUAAGGUAAAGGGUACAGGGUAAAGGUAGCUCGGAAGAAUUACCCGGUAGGGUAAAGGUAGCGCGAAGUAUUACCCGGUAAAUACGGUGCCUUGGUUACUACUAAAAGCUCCGUGGCGCAAGUCUGUGGCCUCCAUUUAACAAGUAAUAUUUUUAAAAACUAAAAAAAAACACGCUUUUAUUAAAUGUACUAGUAAUGGCAGAACUCCACGACUCCAGGAAGUGGCCCCGAAGCUUGCCAUGAAGUAAGGGACCGUGGGGAAUUUACAGCCUGCGUCAAUUUAGCGUGGACAAUUAGACCCAAGCCGAAACAUAACAUAUACAAAAUAAUGUUAAAAAAUAUAUCUUUUUUGAUAGAAUAUAGUCUUGUCAUCAGUAUGACAUAAGUAUACCAAGUUUGGAGUCGAUACCACAUUGGGAAGUGGGUUAAAAUUGAGUUACAAGAUUUGAGGAUACGACGACGAUGACAACGACGACAUCAACAACGACAACAAGCGUGUAAAAUUGGAAUAAUCGAGAGUAUUCUAUAUGGAUAAAGCGCUCUACCUAGCAUUUACCGUUAUAAACCUUGUUCAGGUGUAGUACCCUAGUAAUUACCCUGUAAUUGGGUAAUUUUUAUGGGGUAAGGGUAAAGGUAGGCUCGUUGCUUUUUAACUUUUACCUUACCUUGCUGAGGCCUACCGUAUGUAGCCAUCAAUACUCACUGACCACCAAGCUGGUCAGUGAGUAUUGAUCAAGGCAGGGAGCAUAGAAGUACAGUACACAUAGAUUUUGUUGCACUGGCUUCUGCCCACAAUAUAGCGUCAUGGAUUUUAGCACGUUUUAUUAAAGAUUGUCCAUCCAAGCACUAUCAUCCAGGCUCAAGUCGGUUUAGCUUCUAAGAUUUGAGGAGACCCAGUGCAUUUCAGGUGAUUUGUUCAAAAGCUUUUGAUAUUUGUAUAAAAUGUUUAAAAUAAACUCUUAUUUUCCAAAU